ACCACGGAAGACCCCUCUCAAGAAGACAUUCCGUCCACCUCGACAGACAGAAUAUGCUGUUCAAGAUCCAGACCUGACCGAUGAGCAUGAUAUGACUAGAUUGUCACCGGUUAUAUCUGCCCAUCAGGGAUAUGAUCGGUCUAGAACCCAAGAGGCUGCUCAUAUGGGAGCGGAUAAAGUACAGAUUGACCUUCAUCUCUCAAAUUUGCCCAAUAGCGUCAUCUUAAAGGCACUGAAUGCUUUUACUAACAAAUUUCCCGAACUCAAUAUUUUGCAUCACCCUUGGUUCAUGCAGGGUUUGCAUUCUUCAUGCCCUAGUGAAAGCAAAACACUGCUUGCUGCAAUUUUAGCAGCAACUAGAUGCCACAUUUCACGCCAAGGUCUUCCUGCAGGUGAUUCCCUUCUUUCACGAGAGCAAUAUAGUUCUUACGUGCGAGAAAUGUUGUCCCAAAGCUCUUUCCAGUCACCAAAUCUCCAAGUGGCCCAGGCUCUUCUCAUUAUGUCUUUGUACGAAUGGGGCUCUCGCGAAUUUCACCGAGCAUGGAUUUAUUGUGGUAACAUAUGGCCUUUCAAUCAGACAUUGGGAAAGAUUGGUUCAUUGAUUUCAAGCGUCUUAGGAAUUGCCAUUCGGAUUAUGCAAGCUAUCAACAGCAUGAGAAUUGCACCAUAUCCAGCCGAUUCUAUAACAAGCUGCGACAGAGACCCAGUUUCCGUUGCCGUUGAGAAUAGAACUUUCUGGGCAUGUUUUAUCAUGGAUCGAAUGAUUAGUUCAGGCACAUACAACCCCCCGAUGUUGCCACUGUCCGAGAUCGAGAAGCUUAAAGUGAUUUCUCCAUUAAAUGCUGUUGAAUUUGCCUUCGGGCCCGAUUUAUCAUCACAGAGAAGCGGCAUGGAAGGGUUUCCUGCCGCGCAGCCUGGCUAUUCGAAGCCUUUGGAUAUCACUCAAGCAUUUGAGGUAUUGGUAUCGGGCUUUGAUAUUUGGGCCCAUGUCAUGACAUUUGUGUUAAAUGAUGGCCGAAGAGCACCUGGAAUGUGUGACCCGCCCAACUGCCCUUGGGUACCAACCUCCCCUUGGUCAAGAACUAGAAAUCGUCUGGAAACCUGGAGAGCCAAUCAAAACCACAGGCUCCAUUACCCGGAAAACAGUGUUGUGGCGCAUACAACGCUCGGAUUCGGAGAGUCUUUCACCUAUAUUAACCUGAUCUACUACCUCUGCACCUUGAUGCUUCAUCGUGAAUAUUUUCCUUUUAUGCCAACUACUGAACCCCAUCCCCGUGGUCCAGUGGACCACCCGAAGCUCCAAGCUGAACCUCCAGAAGAAUGGUGGAAUACAAGCGCCCUGGAGCUAUUCAGAGCGACUGAAAGAAUCUCCAACUUAUUACAUGAAGCAUCUGAAUGUGGCGCAGAUGUUUUGACUCCCUUUGUGGGAUUCAGUGCAUUCUCUGCUGCGUAUAUGAAUAUCUACGUCUUUAGAUUUCCUCAGAUGAACUUCGGGCGCAGUGUACACGCCGAGGAAAACCUCAAUUAUUGUCUGGCAUAUCUUGAAGAAUUCCGGCAAGAGUGGAAGCUUGGCGAGAGCUGGAUGACGACCAUUAAACAUGCCUCGCUCUUAUAUCAACGAGCGAUCGCAGAUAGAUCGCGAUACCUUGGCAAAAGCAGGGCUGAUUUCGACGUGUUACAUCAAUCAAUACAUGAGUUCCGUGUUGUGGACCGGUCUCGUCAACACUUACAGGAGAUGGAAGGCGCUGAAAGGGGGUUGGCACCGCCUACUUGCCCUGACAACACCCCGACAAAUCUCGAUCCAAACACUCCGAACUCUGAAGGACUGAACGUUCCACUCAAUGAUUUGCUGACAGAAGUUAGUACAUAUGCACAUGAGCAAGGCAUGUGGUCACAUUGGUGGCCCUCCCUGGAGGAGGUCAAUCUUGCCCUGUUUCCAGACAAUUCAUAA